AUGACUCGCCAAUGGGCGGCAUUUACCGCCAAGCUCCAGGCCAUAUCCACCUUCACCUUGCCGCACUGGAUUGGAUUCGGGCCUUCUUCCAAGCUUUACCUGCACGGCUUUUCGGACGCCAGUCGCCGCGCGAUGGCAGCCGUCAUCUACUCUCGCCUCGCGCCCGGGGCUGGGCCAGCGCUCUGCCACAUUCUUCUGGCUCGGACGAAGCUCUCGCCGAUUUGCUCGCUUAAGCAGGCGCCAAAGACAACCGCGUGCAUGACGAUUCCGCGCCUCGAGCUCCGCACCGCACUGAUUGCUACCAAGCUCCUGCGGGCUGCUGCCGACAAGCUACGCGUACCUGUCGACCGCUGUCACGCAUGGUGCGACUCGCAGAUCAUUCUGCACUGGCUGCGUUGA